CGUCCAUCUCCAGCAUUAAUAGCUAUCCCGUGACAAUAAAUCCAACUGGAAAAAACAAACGGGGAAAAUCCGGUGAAAAGUCCGGGGAGAAUGUCACCCAAAAAUAACCACGACCCGUCGUCGUCUGGCGACUCGGGCAAUGCGAAGGUCCAGGAGGCGGAUCUCCAAGAGAUGGAGGACGUGAACAACAGCCUAGACGCUCUCAGCUGCGCCUUGGACGCCGUGGAGCAGCGCACGGACGACAUCAUGUCCCAGUUGAGGGAGUUGCUCAACUCCAACCGGGAGAUCCGUCGCCUGCUGGCCGAGGAGAAGGACAACGCUCCGGAAUCGGGCGACGACAACAUGGACGGCCAGUCGGCCAGCGAGAAUGCAUCCAAGUAGAUACCACAUGCAACCAGUUAUUGUUUUGAACACAUAAUCGUUUAUACACACUGUCCGUGUUUUGUUUUUUUUUUUGUCUAUUAUCAUGUACUAUUGAUUCUUAACCUAAGUAAACGUAAUUGAAGGCAGA